AACACACAUCAGCUUUUUGGGCGUCUGCACAGACUUAAUCUGACAUUUUGGUUUGUAGACAUAAAAAAAUCUUUAUUGAAAAAGAAGUAAUACAAGAGAAGGGCAAACUGAGGAAGUGACAGCUGAGAUGGCUCCUUUGAUGUUCAAAGACGCCUUUUGGGGGUCUGACUUCACCUGUCACGCUGGAUACGACGCCAUGAUCCAGAGGCUACGGGAAGGGAGGCAAAUGUGCAAAGAUAUGGAGGAACUUUUGAAGAUGAGGGCACUUGCAGAGGAGAAGUAUGGGAAGGAACUGGUGACGAUUGCUCGCAAAGCUGGAGGACAAACAGAGAUCAGCACUUUGAGGGCUUCCUUUGAACAACUAAAAUCAAAAAUAGAGAACAUUGGAAACUUUCACAUCCAAUUAUCUGAUAUAUUGAAAGAGGAGGUGAAAAAGAUUGAGACUUUCCGAGAACGUCAAAAGGAGCAGAGGAAAAAGUUUGAAAGCAUAAUGGAGAAGGUUCAAAAGAAAAAAGUUACCAUAUUCAAGAAGACCAUGGAGUCUAAAAAGACCUAUGAAGUAAAAUGCAAAGAGGCUGACGAGGCAGAGUCAAAUGAGAGAGCCAAUGCCCAGGCCAAAAACACCGAAAAGGUGCGUCAAAGAGUCAAACAGUGUAAACAAGCUGCUAACGAAGCAGAGAGGGUAUAUUUGACCAACAUUGAUCAGCUUGAAACGGUUCGUCGAGACUGGGAAGAGACCCACAAAAGCACGUGUGAGGUCUUCCAGCAGCUUGAGGGGGACAGGAUCAACAUUCUUCGGUGCGCCCUCUGGGAUCACUGCAACCAUUUCUCCUUGCAGUGUGUUAAAGAUGAUGAGCUCUACGAGGAGGUGAGGAAGAUUCUGGAGGUGUGUGACAUCACCACAGACAACAACUGUUUUAUAGAGCUGAAAAGAACUGGCUCCAAGCCACCAGAUCCGAUAGUGUUUGAAAGCUACUGCCCAUCCGGAAUAAAGAGGAACAGCAACGGCCAAGCUUUUUUUUCUCAGGAAGAUGUUUCAAGAAGGAGUUCAGAUCCUCUAAUCAGAAGAUCUGUUAGCAUUAAUGCUGAAAGUCUCUCCUUUUCACAACCAACCCUGGCCUCGGUGGAAGAAACUUCUUCUUUAGGUGAAACAUCAGAUAAUGGAUAUGCACCCCUUCCUUUAUUAUCCACAACGCCUGCAGAAGAACAGUUUUAUGUUGUGCUCUAUGAGUACAAAGCACAGGAGCAGGAUGAGCUAUCUGUGAACAGAGGUGACAUAGUUCAGGUCCUGGUGAAAGGAGCAGAUGGCUGGUGGACGGUGGAGAGGCAUGGCUACAGUGGCCUGGUACCGGGAAACUAUCUGGACAAAAUCUGAACCCAUAUAUUGACUCCAAGCAAAACUAUAGACAUGUUUCAGCUUCAUGCUGCCCUAAAUUUCUGCUUUUAUAGAGGUGUAGUCAAAGUGUUGUUAAUUAUGUCACUGAAACCUAUUUAUUGUCUCUAACAAAGGAGGAAAGUUCCAGACUCAUUUAGACCGUGGAAAGGUUUUUAAUCCUGAAACAUUUAGAAACUGGCUCUGUUCUUUAGUUUCCAUCUUCAGACGUGUCUGUUUUAUGGUUAAAAGCUCUACAACUAUGAUUGCUUUCAAAAGCAAAUUUCAUGAAAACCUGUGAGCACAAAGGUGAUAAUACUAGUUUCUACUUUCUUUAAUAGUUUAGAUCUGCUUAAAUUACAUUUGGGCCCAGACAAAUCAGUCCAGUGCAUUUCUUGACUGGGCAGGACAUUCUGCGUUGGUAAUCCUAAGAAAGGGACACUUGAAAUUAGUUUUAGAAGCUUUAUUCUUUUCAACAACUAUAAACAAACAUUGUUUAAAAAAAAAAAAAAAAAAAAAAAAAAAAAGGAAACUACUUAUUUUGAUUAUCUGGUUUUGAAAACCUGGUAAUCAUUUCUGAUGACCUGUCAUACAGACCAAUAUCAGAAUUUCAGCACAAAUAAACAACUGAGGUCGACUUUUUAGCAUUUUAAGCUGAUGAUGAAGUACUGUGGGAUGUACGUAUCUGUCUGCAUGUUCAAUUGCCGUAUUUUCCACACUAUAAGGCGCACCAGACUAUGAGCCGGAUACAAGCUACAGCAGUGGCUGGGGUGGCGUUAUGCAUCCACUAGAUGCAGCUGCACUGAAGAAAAUGUCAAUAAAACAUUCAGAUAAGGAACUCAAACUUUAUUAUUAUGUUAUUUACAAUAUGACCAACCUUCUUCAGUUGUAAACGAAAAAAAAGAAACAAUUAAACUUCAAUUUAUCCGUUCAUUUCUCACAACAUAUCCCUAAAAUUCUCAUUCUUCAGUGUCCAAAUUGAAAAGUUAGGCUAACAUGGAAUCCAAUGUGCUCGGCUCUGUCUCGUCAAAGUCGUUAUUAUUUGAGUCAAUGUCCCUGCUGUUGUCCUGCCUUCCUGAAAGGUCAGACCACAGUUGAAACUGAUAUAUCAGCCCAGGCAUUAAUGAUCCAUGCAUAUAGUGGCGUAUGGCGUUCGGAGCAGUCUCCCCAUCUUGGUGAACGUGUGUUCAUCCUCUGUCAUCCACUGCUCUAUCCAACCUACUUUGUUCCCUCCAAACUGUUUAUUCUUUACUUGGUGCAGGUCAUCAUCUUGCUUCCUCCACUUCCACACCAUUGAUUCAUUAAUACCUAACUCUCUAGCUCAGCGGUGGGCAAUUCCAGGUCCUGAGGGCCGCUAUCCUGCAACUUUUAGAUGUGUCUUUGGUUCAGCAUACCUGAAUCAAAUAAUUAGAUGAUUGAGAGGACUCUGGAGGAAGUGACUGCACAUACUAAGGAGGUAACCGAGCCAUUUAAUUCAGGUGUGUUGGAGCAAGGAUGGAUCUAAAAUUUGCAGGAUACUGGCCCCCAGGAACUGGAAUUGCCCACCCCUGCUCUAGCUGCUGCUCUGUUCCCAUGUUUUAUUGUGUAACUGGUAGCAUUGAGUUUAAACUCAAUGCUGUCAGCCAUUAUGGGGUCUUAACACACACAAUUAGAAAUGAAAAUUCCAAGUAUGCACCGCACGCUACUUCUUCUAAGGGAGAAAAUGGAGUCGGCGGCUGCUCCCCGUAGUUGUGAGACCUUUUGAAGCUCAAUCUUGAGCCAUACAUAGGACACACCGGAUUAUAAGCCGCACAGUCGGAUUUUGAGAAAAUUUAAGGCUUUUAGGUGCACCUCAUAGUUUGGAAAAUACGGUGCUGCAUUUUUUUCUUUUUAUUUUCCUGUAGGUUAUGUAGUGAAUCCGUUAUUAGCACAACUGCAAACUGUUUCACUUGUAUUACCAGUUCUCUUCGUCAGUUUAAGAAACAGCUGCAAAAUAGUUUGUGUUAAUAGUAAAUAUAAUGACUGUAAGCUAUUUGGAUAUUUAAACAGUUCCAUCUUUUAAAGCAGGGCUUUUUAAAACAUGCUGCAAAUAUAACUCAUUUGUUUUUAAUGUAUUUUCUACGUAUAAAGUAUAAUGGAUGAGUAGGUAAAUAAAAGCAAUCCAGAUGAAA